UAGAUUGGUUUUUCGUAUUGCUUUUGUUGCCUUGUAGUUGUAGAUGUGAACUUUUGUUUUACAGAACCUUUCACCAAUCAAGUAUGAUUUGAUAGUUUUUUGGUAGAUUUGGAAACUUGUAAUAUAUGAUACGUUCUGUUUAGGUUUGUGUAGUAAUCUCGGAAAUGAAUGACCUGCUCAAUUAUUAUGUUUUGUUGUAUAAAAUAUGCUAUGCUGAUUCCAGAUUCAUAUUAGCUAAGUACAAUUGAGAAAAGCAAGAGAGAGAGAGAGAGAUAGAAUGGGUCGUGGAGUUAGUGCAGGUGGAGGGCAGAGUUCUUUGGGGUAUCUUUUUGGUAGUGGAGAAGCUCCAAAGCCAGUAGCCGUCAAUAAAGAUCCAGCUGAAACUCAAAUAUCUGCUCCUUCUCCACCUCCUCAAGCCGCUGCUCCAAAGGCUGUUGAUAGCACCAAACAAGUGCCUGCUGGUCUCAAUAGCAACUCCUCAAACAAUUACAUGCGCUCAGAAGGACAGAACACAGGAAACUUCAUCAUGGACCGGCCAUCGACCAAGGUUCAUUCAGCUCCAGGAGGUGGUUCGUCUUUGGAUUACCUCUUCGGUGGUGGUAGCAACUAGCAGUACCUGUAACCUGAGGCCAAAACUUGGUCAUUAUAAGUACUAUAUCCCAAGUCUCCUUUGUGUAAUUGUUGUGGAACCUCUUGUUCCCUUGCGGAAAAUAAAUAUACUGUAUGUGAUGUCUUACUUUAGUAUACAAAUGUAUUUCAAACAAUGACAAUCUGUCUGAGUACUUAAUUUCACAUUCUGAUUCAUAAAAUCUUCAAAUCAAUGUUAAAAAAAACAAUAGAGAGUAAAAGAACA